AUGGGGGUGGUUCGCGUAAUUGAUAAAGUUAUCGAGAGCGCAAAAUUUGCUAGCGGAAUCCACGGUGUUCGUAGGGCGUUUGAGGCCCUUGGGUUUGAGAAGUGGAAGCAACUACAUAGUUGUUCCUCAAUGUCUAGGCAAUCUGAAUCCCUGAAUCCUGGCUAUGCCGCGAGAAGAACUAAAGAGGUGGAUAUUGCUCUUUUGUCCCUUGCUAAUACGGAUUUCGUGGGCCUCUUUCGCUUGUGGGAGCUAGAUUAUGACAACUUCCGCCAAUUUUGUCGUAGGUCGGGCCCGAGAGGUUCUUCCUCAGACUCUAAGGACUUAUUUGUGUGUGUCCCUUCUUUUUACUCUGUAAUUAGGGUUGUUUAUUAUUUGGAUAAAACCAAAUUGUCCAAUUGGACAAUUUGGAUCAGACUAUUUGGUUCAGAUAUUUGGAUAUUUGGAUUUGUUUUCAGCAAAACCGAAUCAUUAUUUUGGAUUUCAGAUUGGUUUUGGUUUAUAAACUAG